AUGUCCACAUCCAACAAUCCCCUAGACUCCACAAUCGCGUUUCCACUAUGGGACAACGAACCCAUUGACGGCGCCUUCACCCUCACUACCCCAAAUGGCCUCGACACAGCCGUAGUCUCCAGCGUCUCCCGCCCAUGGCUCUUUGGCUACGAACCCACGCUGCCCAGCGCCCAUCGCCGCGCCAUUUUAAUCACGGGCGGCGGCGGCUACGUCGAACUCAUGGUGGGCCGUGAAGGCAUCAAAGUGGCCAAAUGGCUCACCAGCCUUGGAUUCUACGCCUUUGUCCUAGUCCAUCGAUUUCCCCAUGCCCAGACGGGCGCACAGGCGCCCGUGGACGAUGCGAGGCGCGCCCUGCAGAUAUUGCGAGAACGUGGGUUUGCGGAGCAAGGGGUUGCACUCUGCGGGUUAAGUUCUGGUGGCCAUCUUGCAGCGAGUCUAUUAGCUGGUUACCCGGCCUCCUGGACGCCACCACGCACAGUUUCAACGGCUGCGGACAGUACAGUCAUGGUUCAUAUUCCGUUUGCUAUUAUAGGGUAUGCGCCCAUUUCUACGAAUGCAGUCGGUCGACAGAUUAUUCCUAAUAAGCCUCCACUGCCCCCGGCCGAGAAACAGGCCCUCUACGAUGCUGUGCAGCCAGAUGUACAGCUUCUUGUCCCGGCCCCCCCGACCUUUAUUGUGUAUGCUGGCAACGAUCCCGUGGUGCCAGUGGUGAAUGCGUAUAGACUGGCCGAGGGCGUGGGCAAGGCUGGCGGACUAGUUGAGUUGCACGUCUUUGGCGAUGCACCGCAUGGUUUUGGUGUUGAUACCGUGGGGCAACCGGUGGAAAGGUGGACAGAUUUGGCUGAAGCGUGGAUGAGGCAGGGAGGGUUCUUGGGAUAA